AUGCCCGCCAUCUGCUGCCCGUGCCGUGCCCAAGCCAUGCGCAUGCCUCUCGCCUCGCCGUGCCAAGGGCAGCUCGACGGCAAAGCUCGUCGUCGACCGCCUGUUUGCUGCGCCACGUCUUCUCACGUUCGGCCUGCGACCCGUGGCAUGUUCGUGGCGACGAGCCCGUCAGCCGCCCAGGUUCCGGAGUUUGACCCCGGAGCUUGGACCAGACCAGGUGCCGAGCAGGCAAAGCCGUUUCUCCUCCGCUGUGAGCCUGCGGUCUUGCUCAAUCCAUAUUACUCACCGCAUCUCCGCCUGCCCCGGUGCAGACGCACCAGCAGACGCACCAGCAGGAAAAUAAACAAUAAUCACGCUCGACGUAGGGAGGCACGCAGGUAG